AUGUGCUGCGCUGCUGUCGGGUGCCUCGGAAUAACGACCUUCAUCUGGUCUGGAAUAGCACGCGAUCUAAACGUUUCCCUCGCACUCCCCGACCAUCUCCAUUCGGAACCAUGUACCGAGACUCCGACGAUCACGGGUGCAAGAUAUAUAAUCGCGGCACUUUGCAUUAUCAUCGUACAACCCAUCCUCCGUCGGCUCUGGCGACAAUGGUCUCUUCGUAAGAUACCGGGUCUAUCGAACACAUCCAUUAUCAGCGGCAACUUCACGCAAGUGUUUCGAACCGACGCUAUCCCUUAUCAAGACCGCCUCUUCGAAGAAUAUGGAUCCCUGUUCAGAAUUAAUGGGUACCUUGGUUCCCAAGUACUCAUGACAUCUGACCUCGAUGCAUUACACCACAUCAUUGUCAAACACGUGGAUGUCUUCGACAGUGUUGACUACUUCCUCAAGAUGAUGGAAAUUGCCUUCGGGCGCGGUCUCUUGGCUGCUCCUAUCGAAAACGACGUACAUCGCAGACACCGCAAACUCAUGAAUCCCGCCUUCUCUCUCCUUCACGUUAAACGCUUGCUACCACUCUUCAAUGCCGUGUCUAGACAGAUGCGCGAGAUCAUGGCAGUAGAUAUCAGACGGACGGGCCGCCCCGAAACGGAUGUCCUCGAUUACAUGGGCAGGGCUGCGUUGGAACUCAUCGCGCAAGGCGGCUUCGGACAUUCUUUCGGCGCCCUCGAUGGAAAGGAAGACAUCCUCGGCAGCGCCUUGAAACGCUUCUCGCCGGCCAGCAGCAAACUCUUCAAAUUCCGUCCUAUGCUCCCCAUGCUCACGCGUACAUUCCCACGAUGGUUUCUUCGCCGGGUAGGCGAACUAUUGCCUUUGCCGGCCCUGCAUGAGCUCUUCGAUCUUACGGACACUCUCGAUAAAAUGUCAUCAGAGGUCUGGGCUGAGAAGAAACGGGCUCAUGCAGAAGGCAAGAUUACCAACAGUGUGAGUCAGGGUCGUGACAUCCUUAGUCGACUUCUCGAGGAAAAUGACAAAUCCGAACUGAAAGACAGGCUACCUGAGAAUGAACUUGAAGCACAGAUCAACACGUUCCUUUUUGCCGGAACCGAUACGACCUCGAACGGACUUUCGCGCCUCCUAAGUCUUCUCGCUCAAUACCCUGAAGUUCAGGACAAGCUUCGCGAGGAAUUGGUCAUGGCCGGAGCGCCAGACUCCGAUCUUGACUAUGAUACAUUGGAUCGCCUGCCCUUCCUCGAGGCCGUUUGUCGCGAGACUCUACGCUUGUUCCCGCCUGCUCGCUUCGUGCAACGCCUAGCUGGGAAGGAUCACCUACUGCCACUACGCAAUCCCAUCACAGAUACAGACGGUAAGCUCGUGAGCGAGGUCUUCGUACCGAAGGGAACGGUGGUGGUAUGUAGCAUUGCGGCGGUCAAUCGCUCGAAACAGAUAUGGGGUGCCGACGCACAUGAAUGGAAGCCCGAGCGCUGGUUGAGCCCGCUACCGCAGUCUGUAUUGGAUGCACACAUACCCGGAGUCUACGCCAAUACGCUGACGUUCUCUGGGGGAUCGCGGGCCUGCAUCGGCUUCAAAUUCUCGCUACUGGAGAUGAAGUCUAUGAUUGCUCAAUUCGUCCCUUCGUUUGAGUUCAAGCCAUCGGAGAAGCACGCGAUCUCAUGGUGGUUCAGCGGAAUUACUUCUCCAGUAGUGGAAAACUCAAAAUCCUUCCAAGCACAGUUGCCCCUGCGUGUAACACGCAUUCGAUGA